GCUCUCAUCUUCAGUCUGACAAUAUGCACCGUGCAGCGCUGACCUUGCUCCUGGUGUGCGCCCUGGCGACGGCCGCGCCCACGCCCGGAAUGAUGGGCGGCGGCGGCGGCGGCAAGGGCGGUGGGCGUGGCAGGAACCAGCACAUCCUCAUCAUCCCCGUCAUGCAAGGGGGCGGCGGGAUGAUGGGAUACGGGGGCGGGAUGUCCAUGGGAUACGGCAUGGGCGGCGGCGGCGGCGGCCUGGUCGUGUCGGGCUACGGCGGGAGCUACGCGGCAGCCUCGGAGGAUACGGGAAGCGGUAGACAACGAAGGAGUCCACUUCUUAUAGGAUUACUAACACUAGUCAUACUUCAAGGCACUUUAUUUUUUAUACCAAAAUGUCAGAAAACGUCAAUAAACACUAACAAAAAUGUACAAAAUUCAGAAGCUGAAGACCGUUAG